CUUCCGAUUUAAACGGUUGUGAUUUUGUAUGAACUAUAUAUAGAACACACAACUAUCCAUAAAUUCAAGAUAGGCACCAUCAUCUCCAAUCUUUUGUUUCUUCUUCUUCAAGCCUAAUUUGUUUUUGAAAUGCCUUCAAGCAAAGACACCAACAGCCAGAAAUUUACAAAACUAAAGAAAGUAGAAACUGAUCCAGACCCUGACCUUUACGACAUAACAUACGUCGAUGUAACUCCCUCUGAAAGCUGCUCUUCUCCAUUGUCCAAAUCACCAUGGUCCGUACAAGUCGAUCCCAACGUCAUAGAACCGCCACGUUCUUCUGCGUCAAAAUCCACGGCGUCGCACGCCAAAGAACCUAAGAACUACUCUCCCAACAUUCUCAUGGGAUCCCUGGUCCGCGAAGAAGGCCACAUCUAUUCUUUAGCUACCUCUGGCGAUUUACUCUUCACAGGAUCUGACUCCAAGAACAUUAGGGUUUGGAAAAACCACAUCGAGUUCUCCACUUUCAAAUCCAACAGCGGGUUGGUUAAAGCUAUUGUUCUUGCAGCAGACAAGAUAUUCACCGGACAUCAAGACGGGAAGAUCCGCGUUUGGAAAGUCUCGUCUAAAGACUCGAGCGUGUUCCGUCGCGUUGGCACCAUGCCGCUUAUCCGAGACUACAUCAAAAACUCCAUAGCCUCUUCCUCUUACUUGGGUUUCAUGAGACGGAACCGAACCAGCACAAGCGCGCAAGGGUUCCGACAUCUUGACGCCAUCUCGUGUCUAGCGUUAAGCGAAGACAGGAGGCUUUUGUAUUCGGGGUCGUGGGAUAAAACGUUUAAAGUGUGGAGAGUCUCUGACCUCAGAUGCUUGGAGUCGGUGAACGCGCACGAUGACGCGGUGAACGCGGUCGUCGCGGGUUUUGACGGUUUGGUUUUCUCCGGUUCAGCGGAUGGUUCGGUUAAAGUGUGGAGGAGAGAGGAUCAAGCCAAGGAGACGAAACAUUUCUUCUCCGAAACGUUAUUGAAACAAGACUGCGCCGUGACGGCGAUAGCGGUUGAUCAGAGCGGGAUGUUAAUUUACUGCGGUUCAUCUGACGGAACCGUUAACUUUUGGGAACGGGAUGAUAAUAUGAAAAACGGCGGCAUUUUGAAAGGGCAUAAACUCGCUGUUCUUUGUCUCUUCGCGGCGGGGAAUUUGUUGUUUAGUGGUUCUGCUGAUCUUGGGAUUCGUGUUUGGAGGAGACCCGAACGCGGUGGUGGUGGCGGCAGAGGUGGAGAGCACGCGUGUGUUUCGGUUUUGACAGGACAUGCAGGUCCGGUGAAGUGUUUGGCCGUGGAGAGAGAUCAAGAGUCUGUAUCGGGUGAGAGACGGUGGAUUGUGUACAGUGGGAGUUUAGAUAGGUCGGUGAAGAUGUGGCGUGUUUCGGAGAAUUCUCCGCCGUUGGAAUUUAUGACAGAUUCGUCUGGUGGUUCUUCUAGGUUAACGGUGGCUCCUAGCUUCUCGGCUCAAGGGAGAAUUAGCCACAAUAAAUAGUUAUAUAUUUUUGUACG